UCCGUCGCCUUGCUGCCUGACACCUGGGUACAGAAUGUCUGGUGUAUACAUUACGCUAAAGCAGUUAGGAUUACAUUCUUACUCGUAGAAAACUUCACAUACAUAGACUCAGAUCAUGUUGUGUAUAGCUACAUAAGUAUUCCAUUCCAAUAUUAUUUCCGCCUGGAGUGUCUGGAUAUGGCCCCCAGGGAAGCAUUUUACCCACCUGAUACACGGAAUUUAAAAGAGAGAUCAGCUGUGACUAACUCCUUGCAUCUGGUCAAGAUUUCUCCAAACUUGGAACUAUUUGAGAAGGUGUCAAAAAAGGAGUUGGUGAGUUUCCACUACUUCAUGAACACAGUAGCUCGCAUCAAGAGAGUAGACACGCUAAUCAUGUGCCUAGAGAGGUGGAUACCCGAUUGUGGACCCCAACUUAUCAAGAAUGGUUUACGUGUCUUUUGUCAUCCAAGGGAGCUGACAUCUGAGCAACUUCUUUUGGCAUACAGAAUAUUCACCAGUUUGCCUUUAUACGAGGGAUCAGUUUUUCAUUACCACUGUAAACAGUUUGCGGCUAAACUUGGAGAGAAAGAUGAGGAAAUCUCAAAUCUGAAAAUAGCAAAGGAAGUUAUUGAUAUGGAGGAAGACGAACUGCUGGAGUCAUGAAACUUAAUGCAAAUAUUGUAACUUCACUGGUUAGGGAACCAUGGCUUGCAGUUGUUAAAAUCAAGGAUUUUCCAGAUUCAGAAUAGGGCAGAUCUGAAGCACCAGAACUCCAAAAGAAAAUAUAAAGUCCAUUCAAAUGAAAUCUAAAUUUUAAGAAAUGAAGAUUGAAAAGGUAUAGAAGGGAAAGAGAAAAGCUUGAAUAAUUCAUGGUGGAAGAGCAGAAAUUAUAAGAUGAAAUAAGCUGGGAGGUCUUAUCUUCACAUUAUACUGUAAUUAUAUAAGAAGGUACUGUAGUAAAAUAUGAAUAUGCUCAGUAAAAUGUAAAAUUCU